UUUUAAGUUUUUAUUUAUGACUUUGAGUGUGUUCAAUUUUUAUGGCAGUGUAUUAGGGAAAAUUGGCGGAGAAAUCGUUCAAUUGACCGGAGAACCAAGCUUUCGGUCGGUCGAGUUGCGAUGGCAGACCACAGGAAGAAAUGAUGGUUCGAAUACUAAUUCUACAUCAGGUUAUUCGGUUCAUUAUUGCGAGCUCCAAUCAUGGGGACCAUUGAGGUGCAAAGACAAGCAGCAUGUUUUACUGGCAACCAACACUGAUGACAGAUCUUUAAAUAUGGUAGAUGGGGAUUAUGAAAAGUCUAACACUGAUGAUGUCUCAUAUAGUAUGAAAAUUGGAGGACUACGAAUGGCCACAACAUAUUCCUUUCGCGUGAAGCCUAUCAGAUUGGACCAGACGAAUCGAACAGAUCGAUCUGAUGACAGUGAAGACAAUACUAUAAUAGUUCCUACGAAAGGAUUUUCAGCUCGUGCAACUCAAUGUCUUCCCCUCGAGAGCGUAGUCGAAGUGUCGACAGGACCUCAUUUUGGCGGUCGCAUUUCUGUAGAACCGUCUGAUGCCCAAUUGGACGAAUCUCCGGUGAAUCCGGACUGCACCAUAAAUGGUGACCCAGCCGACACAAGAGAGUCUUACACACUUCGAAUCGAUCACACCAAAUGCGGAAGCCGAGUUAAUGAAACUACUGUCGCCACAUUUAUAAUUGUCCAAGAAAACUUGCCGAUACUUACUCAUAGUACACGAAGGUUUCUUGUCCUAUGCACAUUCCAGCCAGAAGUUCUAACCGUUCGCGCUGGUAUGAAUCUACCUCCAAGAUAUCCUGGUGUAGGUUUAGCGGAAACAGACUCGCCAACACGAAGACAAAAUAACGCGCGCAGUCUUUUGAGCAAAGGCCGCGCCCAGCUGGUGUUAAAAUCCGACUAUGAUGACUGGACAAACAGUGAUGAUAAUAUUACAAUAGUUAAAAAAGAUAAAAAGCAACAACAUGUUGAUGAUAGUUUACACGAACCAAAAAAUGUACACGCUGCCAGGCUGAUGGAUUCGAUUCCAUCAGUUGACGAAGCAACACCUAAGGAUAUUACAGAAAAAUCCUUUCUUUCCGGAGCCCUCAUCUUGGUCGCCUGUGGAGCUUGUGUUUCUUGCAUAAUUAUUAUUUUGAGGUUUAAAUUAAAAAAACGUUCUAUAGCAGUUAACGACAAUCGGCCUAUAGUAUUUCAAACUCUUUAA